ACACACUCCAACUCUUUCUCUCUCCUCUUCUCUGGAGUCGCGUUUCUUCAGCUUGACUUUGGUCACUUUCUCGGAUGGUUGGUGAUCAAGAACCAAGCCGAACUUGCGUAGAAUCUGUUUGUUCUGACUCCCAGAUCCGAGUCUUCUUCCGGCUCUUAGGUUUGUGUUCUUUGCUGUGAUGGAGCAAUUGCUCCAUUAAUGGACUGCUGCUUUCCUACGGAUCACGAUUUGCGAUUUCCUACUUACAUUGUUCAUCCUUUUCAAGUCUCGUAGAUUACGAGACUCUUUCUUUUCUUUUCUCGUUCGUCAUUCCCAAGUCUCGUAGAUUACGAGACUCUUUCUUUUCUUUUCUUUGCUUGAGCUAAUAACGUUGGGUUAAAAAAAAAAAAAGGGCUUGAUGGGUGGGCUUUGCUCUAGGAGUUCCUCUGUAAAUAACGCUCCUGCUGGAGCCUUUCCACAUGCUAAUGGUCAUCUCAACAAUGGCUCUGCUGUGAACGGUGAACUCAGAAACAAAGAUGCCGAUCCUUCUCCGGUGAGGGAGACUGUUGUUGACAAUGACAAGCCCUCAUCGGAUUCAUUCUCGUUUCCCACUCUGAACAUAGCUUCUGUUGGAACUCAUCCUCAAAAUAUUGAGGACGGUAUUCCCCGUUUAUCAAGGGACUUAUCUCACAAAUCAAGAUCCACUAAGUCUAGGCAAGCUGCCGUGGCAAAGGUUUCGGAAGUAAGCUCACUGCUAGGCAGGGCUGGCACUAUGGGACUUGGUAAAGCUGUGGAUGUAUUGGACACACUUGGUAGUAGCAUGACCAACCUGAAUUUAAAUGCGGGAUUUUCUUCUGCCACCACGAUAAAAGGGAAUAAGAUCUCAAUCUUGUCCUUCGAAGUUGCUAACACCAUUGUUAAAGGCGCCAAUCUUAUUCAUUCUUUGUCAAAAGAUAGCAUCACACAUCUGAAAGAGGAUGUGUUACCUUCAGAAGGUGUACAAAACCUAAUAUCAAAGGAUAUGGAUGAACUCAUGAGGAUUGCUGCUGCAGAUAAAAGGGAAGAGUUGAAGAUUUUUUCUGGAGAGGUGGUGCGUUUUGGGAAUCGUUGCAAGGACCCUCAGUACCACAACCUCGAUCGCUUCUUUGACAGGUUGGGCUCCGAAUUUACGCCCCAGAAACAGUUGAAACAGGAAGCAGAAACCAUAAUGCACCAGCUGAUGACAUUUGUUCAUUUCACAGCUGACUUGUAUCAUGAACUCCAUGCGCUGGAUAGGUUUGAACAAGACUACCAACGUAAGAUCCAGGAAGAAGAGAAUCCAAGCACAGUACAACGAGGUGUGGGAGAUACCCUCGCUAUCUUGAGAACUGAAUUAAAGACUCAGAAGAAGCAUGUAAAAAACUUAAAGAAAAAAUCUCUUUGGUCUAGGAUCUUAGAAGAGGUGAUGGAGAAACUAGUAGACGUUGUCCAUUUCUUGCAUUUGGAGAUUCAUGAAGCCUUUGGUGGUGCAGAUUCCGAUAUGCCUGGAAGUGACCCACCAAUCAAUCAUAAAAAUUUGGGCUCUGCUGGUCUUGCCUUGCAUUACGCAAACAUCAUAACUCAAAUUGACACUCUUGUGUCCCGGUCUAGCACUAUGCCUUCGAGCACAAGAGAUGCUCUGUAUCAAAGUUUACCCCCAAGUAUAAAAUCUGCUUUACGCUCCAGAAUACUGUCUUUCCAGGUUAAGGAAGAGCUUACUGUUCCUCAAAUAAAAGCCGAAAUGGAAAAAACGUUGCAGUGGCUUGUUCCUGUUGCUACAAACACAACCAAAGCGCAUCACGGGUUUGGAUGGGUUGGAGAAUGGGCAAGUUCAGGGUCGGAGGCGAACCAGAGACCAGCAGGUCAGACCAUACUAAGGAUAGAUACGCUUCACCAUGCAGAUAAAGAAAAAACUGAGGCUUACAUAUUAGACCUAGUUGUAUGGCUUCAUCAUCUCGUUACCCAAGUCAGGGCAACUACUGGGUUUGGCCUAAGAUCUCCGGUAAAGUCUCCAAUCAGAUCACCUAACCAGAAAGCGAUCCAGCUCUCGAGCGGUUCACACAACAACCCAAGUAUGGGAUCUCCGUUGCUGACAAUGGAGGAUCAGGAGAUGCUAAGAGACGUGAGCAAGAGAAGAAAAACGCCAGGAAUCAGCAAGAGCCAAGAGUUUCAAACGGUGGCUAAAACAAGGCUAUGCAAGCACCACAGGCUGAGCAAAAGCAGUAGCCACUCGCCGAUGAUGGGGGAGAUGAUGAAAAGUAAGAAGGAUGCUUUCGCAAUGAGAAGACCUUCUGUACCCAUAAUUGAUUUUGAGAUUGAUCGCAUGAAAGCCCUGGAUGUGAUUGAUCGUGUGGACACCAUUAGGAGCUUGUAGCUAAAAAUGAAUUGGAUAAACAAGCAUCCUCUAUUAUCCCCGCAUGGAGAAGCCCUUAAUAGGUGAUGAUCAGAAAUGGGGUUAGUAAAUUUGUACUACUACUACUACAACUACAUUUUGGUUUUUGGUUGUGUGGGUGUAAUUUGGCUUUGGUUCCUUUGUAUUGGCUCUAUUUUCUUGUUGUAUUGUGUACAUAC